AUGACGAAGCAAGCGGCUGGACAUGGCCUCCUCUUCAUGGUGCUCUUCAUCUUACCCAUCGGUUCACUGUCCUACUCCGGUCAUCAUUCCCACGCUGAUCAUCACCGACACAAGUCGUCUUUCCGCCGUGUCCUCAUCGGUCAUGACUCGGACAAGUAUGCUGUCAUAUUCGAUGCUGGAAGUACCGGGAGCAGAGUGCAUGUAUUCCGCUUCGACCAAAACCAAGAUCUCCUUCCUAUUGGCAAUGAGCUUGAGCUCUAUGUAUCGACAAAGCCUGGUCUGAGUUCAUAUGCAGCCGAUCCUCAGGCAGCCGCGAGCUCUUUACGACCCCUCCUGGAGAAAGCCGAGGCUGUUGUUCCAAUAGAGUUGCAGCCGGACACACCAGCAAGACUUGGGGCAACUGCAGGUCUGAGAUUGGUACAAGGUGAUGCAGCUGAAAAAAUUUUGGACGUGGUAAGAAAUUUAUUCAAGAAUGAAAGCAACCUGAAAUACAAGCAUGACUGGGUGUCUAUUCUUGACGGAGUCCAGGAAGGAACUUAUAUGUGGGCGACCAUAAACUACUUAUUAAAUACCCUGGGAAAAAAUUAUGCUGAAACAGUAGCUACAAUUGAUCUUGGAGGGGCAUCUGUACAAAUGGCGUAUGCAAUCUCGGAUGAAAAUGCAGCAAAGGCUCCCCAGGCAGCAACAAAUGAAACUUACCUGCUGCAAAAGAAUCUCAAGGGAACAAAUUACAACCUCUAUGUUCACAGUUACUUGAAAUACGGUAGCAAGGCAGCUCGAGCUGAGAUUUUUAAGGCCUCUCGAAACUCUACGAAUCCAUGCAUUUUGGAUGGAUAUGAUGGUACCUACACAUAUGGAGGAGUUGUUUAUAAAGUAUCAGCUCCUCGAACUGGUACAAAUAUGAAAAGAUGUCAGAUAUUAACUAGGAAGGCCCUUAAAAUCAAUGCACCAUGCAAAUAUGACAGUUGCACAUUCAAUGGGAUUUGGAAUGGUGGAGGUGGAGAUGGCGAGAAGAAUUUGUAUCUUUCGUCGUCUUUUUACUGGACAGCACUGGAUUCUGGAAUUCUAAAACAGAAUGCCACUGCUGGAAGAAUUCUUGUGAAUGCUUACAAGGACACAGCAAAGAGGGCAUGUGCAACUAAAUUUAGCAACGUUAUAUCUGAAUUUCCUAACGUGCAAGAGGACAGUAGACCGUAUUUGUGCAUGGAUCUUGUAUACAUUUACACAUUGCUUGUGGAUGGAUUUGAUCUGAAUGCCUCUCAAAAGGUUGCAGUGGUUAAAGAUGUGAAGUACAAGAAUUCCCAUGUUGAAGCAUCAUGGCCAUUGGGAUGUGCCAUUGAUGUCAUGUCAUCGUUGACAACAAAGACAUUAAUCGAGAAUAUCUGA